UCUGAGCCUUUUAAUAACCUUUACCAGACAAUAAACAGUUAUAGUUGGUAAAUGUAUUUUAAGAAAGGUUUGUUUAUAUAUACGUCCAAGAGGCUUACAGUAGCUACAUUAUAUCAUCAUCUCUGUCUGUGCAGUGCAUCAACAUUUCCUGUUACAGUAUCGCAGCCCCGCAAAGCGCCAUGACGUCACUGCGGUGUCAUUUUUAUUUACACGAGACACCAGCUGUUACGUUGACUCGGCAAACAGAGUGGAUGAGAGUGUGUGUGUGUCCGUGGGUGUGUGUCAUUGCCACGUGAUCCAGCUCGCCAAUGUCCUUUUACAACCCACUCAGCAUCAUGGCUGCGGAUGCUGCGGAUGCUCUCCUCCCGCACCGCAUCCCCGGACCAUGCCUGCUACCCCUGCUGCUCCUGCUCGCCUCCAAUCUCCCUUCACUGAGCCACGGACUGCUGGGCUUCCGACCGGAGGACACGGGAAGAGAUCUGUCCGUGCAGGACGGGGUGCUAAAGGCCACCGAAGGGACGCGGUUCAUGUUACGCGUGUACUAUGCAGCAUCCCCGCAGAGGAUCAACCGGACCGUCAGCAGCGCAGCCGCACCGUGGAUCGCCUUCAUCGAAGAACCGGAGCCGGGCAGAGAGGGGCAGGUGCACCCCAAACGCAACUUAUGCGUGGAGGAGAGCGCCAGGAGCUCGGAUAUUGAGCUUCUUGGGUCGUUUAAGUCAGCCUCAAGCCAAAACUCCAUACUGGUGGAGCUUCUCGCCAAAGAACUCCGGAGAGGAGAGAACAUUAAGUAUUACUCCAUGUGCGCCUUUGACGGGAUCAAAUGGGAGCAUUACCGGACACGCGACUUCUGGCUGGCGGUGGUGGAGCGGCCGCAGCAUACGGACGGGUGGCUGCAGGCGGGUCUCUCAGUGCUGUUGCUCGCGCUGUCCGCGCUUUUCAGCGGGCUGGUUAUCAGCAUGCUCGCGCUGGACCCGGUGGAGCUCAAAGUGCUGCAGAACAGCGGCACGGACAAGGAGCAGAAGUACGCGCAUAAGAUCGAAUCAGUGCGCAAGCAUGGCAACUAUGUCCUGUGCACCUUGGUGCUGUGCAAUGUGCUCACUAACACUUUCUUGGUGGUCUGGAUGUGCCAGAUCCUAGGAGUGACGCCCGUUUCUACUGCGGCGUGCACUUUUCUCAUCUUCUUCAUCGGAGAGAUCCUGCCGCACUCUGUCGCAUCCAGGCACGGCUUGGCAAUCGCGUCCAAAACCGUGUGGCUGACCAAGAUGCUGAUGCUGCUGACUUUCCCCAUCACCUAUCCCAUCAGCAAGCUCCUAGACAACAUGCUGCACCAGGAAAUCAGCAACUUCUACACGCGUGAGAAGUUACUGGCUAUGCUGAGAGUCACUGACCCGUAUCAUGACCUGGUGAAAGAGGAGCUGAACAUCAUCCAGGGAGCUCUGGAGCUCAGGAGCAAAACGGUGGAAGAUGUGCUGACCCCUCUCAAUGACUGCUUCAUGCUAGCCUCGGACGCCGUCCUGGACUUUUACACCAUGUCGGACGUGAUGCAGAGCGGAUACACUCGCAUUCCAGUGUUUGAGAACGAAAGAUCCAAUAUUGUUGAUAUUCUGUUCGUCAAAGAUCUGGCUUUUGUUGACCCAGAUGACUGCACGCCGUUAAAAACCAUCACUCAGUUCUACAAGCACCCGCUGCACUGUGUGUUUAAUGACACCAAACUGGAUGCAAUGCUGGAGCAGUUCAAGAAAGGGAAAUCUCAUCUGGCCAUCGUACAGAGGGUCAAUAAUGAAGGAGAAGGAGAUCCUUUUUAUGAAGUCAUGGGCAUCGUCACUCUGGAAGACGUCAUCGAGGAGAUCAUCAAGUCCGAGAUUGUGGACGAAACAGACCUCUACACUGAUAACCGUACAAAAAGGAGAGUGUCUCACCAUGAAAGGAAACUACAAGAUUUUUCCAUAUUUAAGCUGUCAGAGAGUGAAAUGAAGGUCAAAGUUUCACCACAGCUUCUGCUCGCCACACAUCGCUUUCUGGCCACAGAAGUCGAGCCUUUUAAGUCGACUCAUCUGUCAGAGAAGAUCCUCCUGCGACUGAUAAAGCACCCCAGUGUUGUGCAGGAACUCAAGUUUGAUGAGAAGAACAAGCGCUCACCAAAACACUACCUCUUCCUGCGCAACAAGCCUGUCGAUUACUUCGUCCUCAUACUGCAGGGUCGGGUUGAGGUCGAGAUUGGUAAAGAAGGCUUAAAGUUUGAAAAUGGCCCGUUCACAUACUAUGGUUUACCUGCUGUCAUGACCAUCCUACCCACAGUCCACAGAUCCCCAUCCCGGAGCAGCGGUCUCAACCAUUCAGAUACCACCAUUCAUGGAGGUAGUUUGGGUCAGCUGAGCAUCAGCGGAGGACCGUAUUUACCAGACUAUUCAGUUCGCCAGCUCACAGACCUACAGAUCAUUAAGAUCACUCGUAAUCAUUAUCAGAACGCACUGACAGCGACGCGCAUGGACAGCUCUCCACAGACCCCAGACGCAGACAGUCACGCAGCCGGAGAAAGAAUGACAAUCCCGGAAACUCGCUCCAACAGCAUCGCCCUCCCUCUGACCGAACCACGGCCCUGUCUGACCCGCUUCCACCAACACAUUCACCUCUACAGACAACCAGACAGCACCAGCACGCUCAACGAGAGGAACUGCAUCGUCCGAAGUAAGUCAGAUGGACAGAAGAGCCCCAGUGACUCUGUGUUUCUGCGAAUGGACGACAUCCCAUACAUAAGAGACAGUCCAGUGGAGAGAAAAGAAGGAACCGACUCGUUCGAUGGCGCGAAAAACAACAAAUGGCCUACAAGAUGCUACAGGUACGUCAUGCUAGCGUUUUUGAUUAACAACAAAAAUUCUGCAAGUUAAAAUAAACUUAUGAAAAUAUCAUGCUUCCAGUGUGUUAGUAGGCUAUUUAGUGCUUUCUGUGUUUAUUUUUUUUACCUCCCUUUUUUAUUUUGUUCUCUUUUUUUUCUUUCUAAUACUUAGCCUAUAUUUACUUAUUGUUCUUAUCACUUUGUAAUUAUAUUCUUGUGUUCCAGUCUCCUACAGAUUACUUCCUGAUUUAAAUUGUACAUUUCUUCUUUUCUAAAUAAAAGUUUAUUAAAAAAAAAAAAAAAAAAAAACUAGCCAGGUUAAUUUUACAGACAAUUUCAGAAAUCGUGAUGUUUAAAUUCUGUGUGUUCGGACACUAAAACUACGAAAAAACUAAACUCUAUAACAGUAAGGCAAUAUUAUGAUGAAAUUAAAUAAUAAUUAUUGGUAUGUAUUUUAGGCAACUGACCAUUAACAAAUUGAACUUUAUUAUAAAGUGUAAUAAAAAUAAUAACAGCAACACAGAAGUGUUUUUCUAUACUAGUUUUCCUAAGAUUAACUCGUUGAACUCUCAGGUCUGUUGUAGGGGAAAAAAAAGCUUUAAAAUCAUCAAAUUUCACUAUAGUUAAGUGGGUAAAAUGAAACCGUUUUAAUAACUGCUGUUGUUUAAUAGAUCGAUAACAUUUCAUCCUAAAGGCACAGACCACAUGUUCUACAAAUUUUUUUGUCUAUAAAAAUGCCAGUAAUCUAUUACUAUAUUAAAUGCCCAAAUGUUAGUGGUUAAAAAGGGCUGUAAAAUGGCAGAGGCCUAUAGGCUUGCCCUUCAAUUUCAAUGAUUAGAGCCUAUACCAAAAGCUGACCUGUCAAAGUAGGUUUAACAUUACCAUACUUAUGCAACACAAAAUUCUGGUGUCUAAAACUAAUCAUUAUCUCUGUGCUGUUAAUAAAUCACACAUUUUAAAACCGUAAAACCACAGAUUUCUCUGACAACAAUGAAUGUAAAGGUUGAAUAUAACAAGAUUUGAAAAGCAGCAAAAAUGGCUUUUAUACCAAAUUUCACUACAGUUUCUGUAUUUUGUGCCAACAAUCUUUCCUUACAAGACUAUAGAGAGAUCAAAAAAUACCCAAAAAAUAUAGACCUAUAGAUUAAAACACUGAUUUAAAUAAAAAGGUUAACCCAUACCUGUAGUUUUGUUUAAAGUUGGUAAAAGUGGUAUUUAAAAGCUUUUUAGCUUUUAGUCAACAAGAUCUAAAUACAUAAGAGAUUUAAUGCAAAACAUUCUGAAAUAUAUGUUUGGUUUUCUCUUCUGCUGACCAGCCCAGGAUUCAUUUGAUCUUUAAUUUGAUAACAAAAUAAAUGACAUUUCAAUAUCAUAAUAUUACAAGUAUUACUACUACUGAUAGAAAAAUACACAAAUUAAACACAGCAGGACAUGUCAACUUACUUCAUUUAUUUCAAUGUACUUUGAUUAGUAUACUUGUGGUCAGAGAGCUGUUAUACUCCUAGUGGUUUGAUCUUACGACACUAUAAUGAGCUGGUUGGGGGAGUAAUGUACUUGGACUAAUGACUGCACAUUCAUUAAACAGUACUGCAGUGUACAAACGAGCCGGAACACAAUGAGAUGGAGCAGAUUCAGCAGAUUAAAAAGACAUCGGAAAAUAAAGUGCAAAACGAUGCCUGGGCUCUUCACGACCCAGAAGUUCCAGAAUGAGCACCGCCAAAGAAACGUUGAACUUCAAAAUCACUUUAAAAAGAAUUGACCUGCCUUCAGUAGACAUGAGAUGCAGGAUUUUCCCUCCAAUUUUACAAUAAGUUAAAAAGUUAUUCAACAAAAAUUUGAUUUAGGGGUAAAAUGUUGAGUUAAGCCAUUUAAUGAACUAGGAGCAAAUAAAUCCUAUUGAAAAUAACAGCGAAACACAAUCUAAUGCCCUCAGUUAUUCAAGUUCUGCAGUCAUUCAUCUCAGUGCAAGCUUCACAGACACAUCGUCCUUCAGUUUAGCACUCAAUACAGUGAAAUGGGAUGAUAAAGAUAAGAUAGGACUUCUUUUUUUGUCAUAUCUGUUUCUGUUCGGAGUUAGUCAAUAAACUCAGAUUUAAUCUCACUGAUCUGUUGUAAUUUAAUCCAAGGAGCAUGAGAGAUAAUGAAAUCAGUCAAGCUGGAGCCUUUAGAUUAAUGUAAUCCAGAGACUGGAGUUUGGCUGACUGUAAACUAUGGAAGCACAUUUCUUCGCAUGAUAAAAAAAA